AUGCAAGGAUUAGAAGUUGUCAUAAUUUCUGGUAGUAAUGAUGGUGAUGAUGACGAGUGUGGUUGUAACACAGGAACAGAAGAUGAUGAUGAUGAUGAUGGUGAUGGUGAUGGUGAUGGUAAUGGUAAUGAUGAUGGUAAUGGUAAUGAUGGUGGUAAUGGUAAUGGUGAUGGUGAUGGUGAUGAUGGUAGUUGUGAAUUUUCUAGUGCUACAGAACGUAAUGAUCGAGAUGAAGAAAAUGAAUCGUUAUUGUGUUUAGAAUGA